AUGGAUGAUUUAGAUAUCAAGGCACCAAUGCUUGAUGUUGAGCAAAAAGCACAAGUUGAAUCAGAUCAAAAUACUGUUGUUAGUGGAGAUACUGAAAAUCCGGCAUCAGAUGUACUUCCUGAAGAAACAAAAUAUAAAAAAAUACGUCUUUUCGGAUGCUGUCCUGCUGUUCGUUUACUUCCAACUACUAGAGUAUUUUGCAAGUAUUGGGAAGUAGACAUCUGCAUGCCAUUUGUUGUGGUAUUAUUAAUCACUUUCAAUGUUUGUAUUUUUUCAUUUAUUUUAUUGCCAAAGAUGAAAACAGCAGCUUUAAUUAUCAACGCCAUUAUAGUUUAUGGAUUUCUUAUACUUUAUAUGACCUCAUAUUUCAUGGCCAUGUGCUCAGACCCUGGCUAUCUACCAUAUGACUGGAUUCAAACAAAAAAGACGAAAUAUUCACCAGAAGAGCUAUAUCCUGGAAUUGCUCUUCGAAAUGAACAAAUAGCUUACGCAAAUGCUCACAGGUGUCCUUACGCUUCAUUCUCAUCUUCAUCUGGAAUGUUUGUCAUUCGUGGAGAUCAUAUUUGCGGUUGGGUUACAAAUUGGAUUGGAAAAAGGAACCAUAAGCAGUUCCUUUUAUUCUUUAUUUACGGAAGCCUCUAUUGCCUCUUUAGUUUCAUCUCCAAAUUCUUUGUUCCUGCAAUUCUCGGAGGUGAUAUCGGAAUUACCGUAAUUUCUGGAAUUAGUGCAAUUUUAGAGUUCGUAUUUGGCCUAACGCAACUAUACGCAUUUUACGAAAGUAUGAGAGAUGUUGUUUCCGGAGAAACAAUGAUUUCACAGUACAAAAACCUUCCAGCACGAAAUAUAACAUGCAUGGAAGCUAUGUCCGAAGUUUGUGGUAAUCGCGGCUUCAAAUCUUGGAUUUGCCCAACUUAUGCAUUUCCAGAAGAUGAUUUGACUCCUUAUGUUUUAAAUUAG